AUGGACUGGCGACUACUCGACUACGCCAAGGAAGCUGAGGAGACCGCAACGGGCCUACUCUCGUUCGAGAGUGAGAUCCCCCAAUAUCGCAAAGACGUCAGGAGCCAUAUCGCAGAGUUGUUUGCCAUAUCGCACGCUCUACUGGAGCUGAACGAGGCGCUGGAGUCGUCCCGCUAUGGCAGAUAUGCAGGCUUCAUACGAACGGACCUAGAGGUUUGCCUCCCGAGCUUAGGGCACACGCUUGACGAUGUUCAAGAAAUAUUCACCAGGUCCAAAAAGAGCAGGCACGCUGCGCCCGGUGCUUUUCCCGGCACACCACCGUACGCACUCAUCUGGGAAGAUGCGCUUACGGAUUUCACGGCGGAAGGCAUGUCCUUACCCAAAAGAUUCGAGAUUGUUAGGACAUAUCUACAGUGCAUGCACGAUGCUCUGAAGGGAAACGAAGAUGAGGCCGAAUUGGCUAAAUUCAAGGUCACACUGGCCAGGCUGCUCAAGAAGCAGAAGCCAACGCCGAUUGAAUCUUACUUCAGUAAGCUCUCGGUACACGGCCAUGGGAAGGGUGGUGCUAGAACACCAAAGCCGCCUUCUCCCAAGGUGUCUAGACCGAAGAUACACCAACACCCCACGUAUCCGGCAGCCCAGUACGGGUACCAGCCAGCCCCGCUACCGCUACCUCAUCGAUCUCAUAUUGCACCAACGUGGGGAGGCAUAGGGGACAUACCGUAUAUUCCUCCCCCAGUGCCAGAAAUCCCUCAGUCGCCCACGUAUUCGUCCGCAUCAUCACAGGCCUACUCGAACCAAUCGACGGACUCAGAGCCAGUCGCUCAUUGGGCAAUGAAGAUCUUCGAUGGACGCCACGGCUCUACACCAUCUCAAAGCCCCUCGGAGCCUACUGAGUGCUUCGGGAGGGAUGAACCAAGAGUGAUUGAGCUGUUAGACACCGAUGGCUUUGAAAAGAUCUUGGAACUACCAUUCGAAGCAACUAAUGUCUGGGUGAGAAUAUACUGGAGGGCCGACGACAACCGUGCACGGAUACUCUUCCUUACUAUAGAUCACAAUGGCAACCGUGUGAGGUACCAGGUCCCAAUCACCGCAUUAGCAUUACGGCGCGCAGGAUCGUGCUUGCAGCUCUGUCGCAUCAAUCGUCAAGAUGGUCAACUUGACCUGUGGGCUAGACUACGCUUCCCUCUAUACGAACCUAUGAAGCGCCAGGACCAUACCCCCAUUGCAGAGGGGCUCGAGGAUGUUUUCCUGCCUGGAGAAAGGAUUAUGUUUGCAGGUGAGACUGUUGACGGCAAGUAUCUCCACGUCUUCCGCGUCAAAUACGAUACGGACUCGGGCUGUGUACGGUUCGAAGCUACUGCUCGUCGCGGGCCUAUGAAGGACAUACCUAUCUGGACGGCAUUCGUCACGCCAUAUGUUGGACGCAGUGACUGGAUGAAGCGCGUCGGUCCAGAAACAAUCCAGUUCGAGAAGCUGCAUCCGUAUGUCUUCAGUGAUAGCUACAGGCUACCCAAAGGCCCUACGGGCAAGUACCGGUUGAGCUUUACUUCACCAGAAGGUAUUUGA